AGCUGCUGCACACGAGCUCCAAGCAGCAAACAGUGACACCAUUGACACUUGUGAGACAUGGCAGAGCCUACCGCACCCGUACCUGAAGAAGAAGAGAAGGGGCCAUCUAAGCGUGCCCUUGAGAAGGCAGCAAAGAAAGCCGCAGCCAAGGCCAAGAAAGCUGAAUAUGCGCUCCGACCCAAAGAGCAGGCGAAACCUGCUGCCAGCUCUGAACCAACCAGUAUUUUCUCCGAAGGCUGGCUGAAGCGCAUAUACGAGGAGAAAAAGGUCAAAGACGUACGAACGCGCUUCCCCCCCGAACCCAACGGCUACCUACACAUUGGUCAUGCGAAAGCCAUCGCCGUCGAUUUUGGGUUUGCCAAACACCACCAGGGCGCUUGCUACCUACGAUACGAUGAUACCAACCCGGAAAAGGAGGAAGAGAAGUACUUCACUGCCAUAUUAGAUGUCGUCAAAUGGCUAGGCUUCGAGCCGUGGAAGAUCACAUACAGCAGCGACAACUUCGACAAGCUUUACGAGCUGGCAGAGCAGCUGAUUAGGAAAGAUGGCGCAUACGUGUGUCAUUGCUCAAGAGAGGAAAUCAACAACCAACGCGGAGGCCCGGAUAAUCGAGGCAAACGCUACGCCUGCGAACACCGUACGCGACCUAUCGAAGAGUCCAUCACCGAGUUCCGAGCGAUGCGCGAUGGCAAAUACCAGGCUGGAGAAGCCUUCUUGCGCAUGAAGCAGAGCCUGACGGAUCCGAAAGAGGGCAACCCACAGAUGUGGGAUUUGCCUGCCUACCGUGUGGUCAAAGAGAACCACCAUCACAGAACCGGCGAUAAAUGGAGAAUCUACCCUACCUACGACUUUACGCACUGCAUUUGCGAUGCUCUCGAAGGCAUCACGCAUUCGUUAUGCACGGUCGAGUUCCGCCAGUCGCGCAUAUCGUACGAUUGGCUCCUGGAGCAGCUGGAUAUAAAGGUGCCCAAGUCAGAGGAGAAGGGCCCCAUGCAACGGGAAUUCGGUCGCCUGAGCGUCGGUGGCACAAUCCUCUCGAAGCGCCGCAUUCUCCAGCUUGUCGAAGGUACCACUGUGGAGAGGAAGAACGAGGAUGGCACAGUAGAGACAAGAAGGAUCCCUCCAGCGGUACGAGGGUGGGAUGAUCCGCGUUUGUUCACCAUGGUCGCUCUUCGCCGCCGUGGCAUUCCCGCUAAGGCCAUGCUCAACUUCGUCGAUGAGCUUGGUGUCACUGACUCAAUCACGGAGAUUGAGCCUCCACGCUUUGAAUCGUCCAUUCGCAAACAUCUCGAACGCACCGUGCCUCGUCAGAUGCUAGUUCUUGACCCGAUCAAGGUCGUCAUCGAGGACUUCGUCGCUGAGGAUGACCAGGAGAUGACCGUGCCCUACGAUCCUAAGGGCACUAUACCUGGUGAGCGGAAAGUGAAGGUCGGCAAAGAAGUUUAUAUAGAUCGCAGCGAUUUCAGAGAGGAGGACAGUGAAGACUACUUCCGUCUGGCGCCAAACAAGGCCGUCGGUCUUUACAACGUUGCCUUUUCGAUACGCGCGACCUCGUUUUCCAAGGACAACAACGGCAACGUGUCAGAGAUCAGAGCUGUUAAGGUGCCAGCGACGGAGAGGCCGAAAGCUUACAUUCAGUGGGUGGACGUGGCGACUGGUAUCCCGGUGACAGCGCGCUUGUACAACUCGCUUUUCAAGACCGAGUCACCGAAUACCUUAGAUUGGAAGACGGGCGGCUGGGCUGACGACCUGAACUCAAACUCUGAAAUCAUAUACGAGAAGGCGGUGAUCGAAAAGGGUUUGAAGGAUCUGAUCAAGGAGACCUCGCUAGACCUAAGUGGCUCGUCAGAUGCUCUUAUCCGCUUCCAGGCCCUGCGGACAGCCUACUUCUGUGUCGACAUUGAGUCUACAGAGGAUAAGGUUGUGCUGAACCAGAUCGUAAGUCUGAGGGAGGACAAGGGCAAAUGACGCAGCGAAAGCCUUCAAUGUUCGUAGAAGGUGAUGAGCUUUCAGCAUUUGGCGUUGUUGUAGAUGCUCAUGUUGCGAUGUAAUGUAGAGAUAUCCCAGGCAGUUAAAAUACCAGAUUGAAAUCUGCGUGAAAGGUUUUGACGCGCAUAUGGUAGCCCCGAUUUUUGUCACAUGUGAAGCGCCAUUCUUCUCAUCAAUCAUGAGGCUACUAUGCUAGCAG